UUGCCAUGAAAUUUGAUUACAGAUUAAUAGCCGCUGCGGAACUAGGGGUUCCCUUAGAGUGUCUACUUUUAAAUUCAUUUUCCUAAGGAUGUGAAAAAUAAAAUAAGUUAAACAAGUGUUUCCAUAAUGUGGAAAAGAAACAAACUUAUAUAUCAUUCAGACAAAAAUGGCAUGCCUUACAUACGUAGCUGAGAAGAUGCUGUGAACAUUAUAUUAAGAUAAAGGAAAAUACUGAUCGGUUAUAUACAAUAAUGAUAUAGAUUUUAAAAAAAUGGACAAUAUUAUUUGCUGCUCUAUUUAUGAAGACAUUUAUUAUUGAGAUAUUCUAAUACAUUAUUCGCCAUGCAAAGCGACAUAAUCGCUCAAAUUAGCGGUUUCUUUGGCGGCAAAAACAGACGUAAAGAUGUGGAUCUGUCGUCUGCUAAAAACCAGGAUAACAUGACUAUUGGAGAAUUGAUUGCGGAGAAGUUCCGGAGAAAGUCUGAGUCUGCUUUAUCCAUUGAAGAUCUUGUCAAUAAAAAGAAAAAUGUCGCUGUGAAAGCCAAUGGAAUCAAUUUGGUUCGGAUAGGAAAGCUUGAUUUUAAACUUAACCUUAUCAAACGACUUAGUUUGUCUGAUGACGUGCCUCCAGCAUUGCCAGUUAGACAUUUCAGAGUGGACAGUGAGGAUGAUCUACCGCCACCUAUACCGGAAAGGAAAAGUUCCCUUGACAAUUUGAUCGAUGAAGGUUUCCAAAGACGGUUUACAUUUAGACCUAUAGCUACAGUACCUCUGCCAGAACCUCUCAGCGGAAUCAGGAAAAUUUACCCUAGUCAGACACCUAGAAGAAAUGUUCUGCAGCGACCACCAUCACAGCCUCCACCACCGCCGCCUCCACCAACGUCGUCAGACUCUUCUUCACCGCCACAUCCUGUCAUAUCUUUCACUCUCUAUCCGCGCCCUAGCUCCCAGUAUGACUACGAUGAUGACUUUGAUGACGACGAUUUCCCCCCACCUCCUCCGCUCUCCCCCAGUGGCGAGCAGACGCCCACGUCAUCACCAACCUCUUCAUCAAAGAAAACAGGAAUGCUCUUGAAGUCUUCUAGUACGAGCUCCUGCAGCAAACUUUCCAACGAGCCCCCUCCGCCGCCGGCACGGCCACUUCCUCCUCCACCGCCACAGUCCAAGAAAACAGACGCCAAGUACAAGUCCUCUCCAAAUUUGAUCCCCUUCGAGCCCCCGAAACAUGUCCGUCAAACUUUUCAGAGCACGGCCAAAGAGAUGAAGCUUUUGAAAUUGAAAGCUGCAAAGUCGGAACCAAGUUUGGACGCGCUCGACACCGCGCCCAGUUCACCGCCUCCUCUUCCGUCACGCCCUACAGCGCUGACACCAGCUUUGCCUCAAAAACCUAACUAUCUUGUAAAAAACAAAGGCGCAUCGAAGACUCAAGAAAACAAAACAGGCGAGCGACCAAAAUUACCAAUGAAGCCUGCUCAAAACGGAAACAGGUCACCGCCCACAUCAUCUACUUCCGUUGCCAAGAAAGCGGCAGAUAUUUCACCGAAAAACAAGGCAAAGCGUAAUGAAGCACUUCCGGUCUUGACGCCACCCGUGGCUCGUGCCUCACCCCCGACGCCGAAAGGAUCCCCGGCGACAGGGGCGCACAAGAACAGGCCCCUACCGGCGCCACCAAAGAAAUUCGAAGAGGAGAAAUGGGGACAGUUGAAGGGGAAAGUCGGAGGACUAGAGAUUUAUGAUCCUCGGGAGGAGGACGGAGAUUUGUAUGACGUCAUGGAGAUUACGAACAUUUGAAAAAAAAACAACAACACUUUCUUUCAUAUUAAGACUAUUUUAUUUAAAGUCUGGUUGAAUGUUAGAAAAAAGAUUAAACUCAUUUAUUUUCUAUGAA